UGCUGGCUGACCAAGCUUCCAAAGAAACUGUCUGGGAGCUAAGAGUCCGAGCCGGAGCCGGAGCGCAGGCCUAGGCGAGGGGAGGUGGCGGUGCCAAGACUCGAAUAGGAGUCGCUGCCGAGGUCGGGGCCAGUCUCUGACAGUCGACGAGGGCGGACAGGCGGUUCAUCAUGGGUGGCUUUUUCUCAAGCAUUUUUUCCAGUCUGUUUGGAACUCGGGAAAUGAGGAUUUUAAUUUUGGGAUUAGAUGGAGCAGGAAAAACUACAAUUUUGUACAGAUUACAGGUUGGAGAAGUUGUGACUACUAUUCCUACCAUUGGAUUUAAUGUUGAGACAGUAACAUACAAGAACCUUAAAUUCCAAGUCUGGGAUUUGGGAGGACAGACAAGCAUCAGGCCAUAUUGGAGAUGUUAUUAUUCAAACACAGAUGCAGUCAUUUACAUAGUAGACAGUUGUGACCGAGACCGAAUUGGCAUUUCCAAAUCAGAGUUAGUUGCUAUGUUGGAGGAAGAAGAGCUGAGAAAAGCCAUUUUAGUGGUGUUUGCAAAUAAGCAGGACAUGGAACAGGCAAUGACUCCCUCAGAAAUGGCAAAUUCACUUGGGUUACCUGCCUUGAAGGACCGAAAAUGGCAAAUAUUCAAAACUUCAGCAACCAAAGGCACUGGCCUUGAUGAGGCAAUGGAAUGGUUAGUUGAAACGUUAAAGAGCAGACAGUAAUUCAGUCACUUUUGCUCCUCUGAAACGAAGACCACAUCACAUAUCCCUUUGGAAACAGUUAAGUGUGCUCCACACUACUAAAUGUUAAAGCUGUCUGAUUGUCGGCAUAUACCGAACUGACUGGAACAUUUAUAAUACAUAUUAAAACUAAGUAUUUGGUUGGAAGGGUAACUCAUCGUGAUUGAACCAACUGAAUGCCUGUCCUAUAUAAUGUAAAAUAUUCCUUCCUUGUUAUCUUGUGUUAAGGUAUAUAUUCUAUUUGUAUGCAAUUCUUAUUCAGAUAAAGUCCUAUUAAAGAA